AUGAGGGGGGAAAAAGAGGGCAUGCAGGAGCUCACAUUGAGGUUGCCCAUUAGAACACUGGAUUGCCCCGAUUCCAAAGACCAAAAGUUGAUUGGAAAAGAUUUUCUGUCAGUGCAGAGUUGCGAGGCCUCACAGAUCGAUGACAACAUACCUAGCUCCAGCCAUAGCAACAUGGACAGUGUGGAGGAAAAAGCACAGAGUACUUCUUCUAAUAACAUCCAACAGCUCACCAAAGCUUGUGUAUCGUUGAUUGGAAAGGAUUUUCUGUCGGUGCAGAGUUGCGAGGCCUCACAGAUCGAUGACAACAUGGACAGUGUAGAGGAAAAAGACCAGAGUACUUCUUCUAAUAACAUCCAACAGCUCACCAAAGUUUGUGUAUCGGAGUGCUUGUCAGAGCAGAGUUGCAAGGCCUCACAGAUCAGUGACAACAUACCAAGCUCCAGCCAUGACAGUGGGGGAGAGGACAGGAGCUAUUUUACCACUGGCAUCCAGCAGCUCACCACAGCCCAUGUAUCCAAGCUGAAAAACCCGGCCUUGUCCUUAGAUGCAGAAAGUUAUGAAGAUGCUAGAUUUGUAACAUCUCAGUCCAGUGGGGUUAGGUCCAGUCUCACAAAAAUAGAAAUCUUGGAACUGUUUGAUUUGUAA